UGUACGGAAAUGUGCGUGACGGCUAACUUGAUUAUUGACCUUCGUCCCGGAAGUACAUUGUAAUGAGCAACAACUUAGCUGCAUACUAGGUGUUUAUGCUGAUGUUUUAAGACAGAACGGAAAAAUGUCACAGCAAACAAUCACGGUGACAGUUGCACAUGGGUCAGCGAAGCACAGCCUCACAUUAGCCGGUCACGACGACGGAACAGGUCCAACUGUUAAAGACCUUUCAGAUGUUCUUUGUCAAACCACCGGAGUCCCAGCAGCGUCACAGAAACUCAUUUUUAAAGGAAAGUCACUGAAAGACUUAGAGGAGAGUUUAUCCAGCUAUGGAAUCAAAGAUGGAUGCAAGCUUAUGAUGAUCGGAAAACGGAACAGUCCAGAGGAAGAGGCCGCACUGAAAAAGCUGAAAGAAAUUGAGAAGUCGGUGGAACAAACGGCUAAAAAACUGGAGAAAAUAGAUCGGGAGUUUAUUGGACUGAAAAACGGUUUUCUCGCCAAAGAUUUGCAGGCAGAAGCACUGGGUAAACUGGACCAUAGAGUGAAAAUAGCAUCAGAGCACUUCAUGAAGAUUCUGGAGCAGAUAGAUGACUUGAGUGUUCCUGAAAACUUCAGUGACUGCAGAAUGAAGAAAAAGGCACUUGUAAAAACAGUGCAGGGUUUCUUGGGGCAGUGCGACAAGCUCGAAGCCUUUAUAGGAAACCAUCUAUCCAAGAUCCAGUCUAAAAACCUUGCCUUGGCCGACUAGAGCUACAAAGCCUUGUUUACGUUGCUCUGUGAGCAGCUGCAAAAUGUACAGGAAGCUUCGACUUUGGAGCAGAAACUUAUGUGUAUUUAUUGAUAGUGUGAUGGCACUGCGUAUGAAAUCCAUUGUCACAUUUCAAAUGCAGGUUGACAAUAUUUACUCUUGAUACAACAUGAACACCGUUACAGUACUAAUACUGUACUUCAACUGAAAUACUUAUUUGACCUGCAUACUUUGUGGAAAUUUUUGACAGGUUUUAGAAAAAAAAAAGUUUUACUGUUCAAAUCUAAAGUGACACUUUCCAGCUAUUCCCACAUUCUUGACUCCGGUGGAUUAUUUUUGUGUGUCUUUGAAACGUGUAAUUGUUUGAACUACAUGUACGCAAACUAUUCAAACAACCACAUCUUGUCCAUUGUCUGUUCCUAAAAAUAAAUUUCGGAAAUGUAA